UUUGGGGAAGGAGCAGGGCAAGGCGCAGCAGAGGGAGGCAGACGCGCGUUCGAACCGGGCCAUCUUGGCACAUGAAUUGGAAAUCUUGUCCUCGGGAUAACUACAAUCAAGUGUGCUCAAAACAGUCUUUUGGGAAAGGGCAGUACCUCGUUCAGCAUGAGCUGUGAAAAGACAAAUCACCCUCCAAUCCGGAUAAUGACUACCACAUUAGUGGUAACACAACACAUCAUGAAACAGGACAGGGGGACUGAGAGAGAUUACUUCUUGAAUGGACCAACCAUAUCUGAGAUUACUGAAGAAACUGAAUAUAUAAAACAGAUUAGAUCCACUCUUGCAAAGGUUCAGCCUCUUCUGUAUAAAAAUGAGUUUAGCCAUGGGGUUGCAAAUGGCAUGCUGGAUUCAAAGCCACAUUUCCAAGAACCUGGACUGGGACCUGAUGAAAAGUCCCUGUCCAUGAGCUACAACGAGACAGUGGAAAAGAUGAAACAAGCAGAAGAAGAACUGACACGGGUGAACAAAGAAAAUGAACAGUUAAAGAUCAAGCUGGAAGCUUCGAGGAUUGCUGGUGCAGAGUCGGUGAAACAUGGAGCCCAGAAACUCCAAGAAGAUUAAGGAAGCGCUCUGAGGAUCUCAAGCAAGAGGCAAGAAGGAACUAUGAACAAAAUGGCAGCCUGGCAGUUAAACAAGAAACAAAAAUUAAAACAAAGCACAGACAAUCUUAGCCAGCUGAAUGUUCAGCCAGAAAAGCACAGCCAGAUUGAAGAACUGGAGAAACGAGUACAAAGGGGAAGAGAAGAGAAGAAAACCUUGAAUGAAAAGAAAAAGGUUUUAAAAGAGAAACUUCACCAGAUGAUGUCAAAUGCUGAAAAUACCAAAAGCUGUGUCGAACUUCAGACAGAGAUCUCCACACUUCAGGAACAAAUUAGCCACUUGGACAGUGUGAUUCAUUCCCAGCAUCAAAACUUACAUAGUGUGAUUCAACAGAUUGAAGAACUGAAUGAUGAAUUAACACUCCAAGAUGAAAGAAUAGAAAGUCUGAAAGAAAAGAUUGAGAUGCUCCAAGCAAAGAACAAAGAACUGAAGUACAAGGUGGAAUUCUACUCUGGCCAGUCUAAACCAAAAGUCUCCAAAGCUGUUUCAGUAAAGAUGGAUGGAGGUUUGCCAUACGCUAUGAUAAACAGACUACGCAGGUGAAGGAUCCCUAAGAAGCUUAGACCUUUCCCAACAUCAGUUGCAAAGAUCCCAUCUUUAUUACCUUCCAUUCAAGGAUAACUCUUCUGUGCAAUUUUGUUUGAAAUAUGUUGAACAGGGAACUCUCUCAACACAUAACAUGUUUGGGCUUCUGGGCUCACUGGAACAAAGAUAGAAUCCCAGGCUUUUCAACCAAUAGAACAAACGGUCAGAGAAGGAGAAGGAGAGAUACUUUUCUUUUAAUUUAUUUAUAAAAACUCUACUGUAGAGUGGUGGAUAUUCUUAUCAGUGACAAAGAUGUACUGCCAUCAACAGUGAUUCUCCUACACUGAACAGAUUUCAGCAGACCGGUUCUGUGUGCUAUGUACAGCACAUUUAUCUACACAGAAGAACAUAUGGAGUAUUAAUGAGGCUGAAUCUGAGCCCAGAAAGUUACGUCAGAUACAUUAUGCAAAAAAAGAGAAUAAAGCUGAAAUGGAUGGAUCCACCCACAACAAACAUAAGCCAGGUUCUGCAGUGGCAAAUUGCCCCAAAUUGUCUAUUUCUGGAAUGCCUGGUUUUGAGAGAUGGCUUGGAUGAUAUACUUGCCUGUGGCAUUGGUGUCAUUUCCCUCUUUUCAGAGAAUCCUGAGAACUGCAUGGUGCAAGAUGAGAAUGAGGCAUAUCCUAUUGCCACUAUGUUUUCUGCUACUAAGUUGACAUAAGUGGCUGACCAGUUCCCUGUGUGGUAUAAGUGUGGCAUACUGACAAUGGGAGGAUGGCAGCAAACGCUGUCCUGUGAUGUUGUGGGCUGGUCAGAAGCAAUCACAGCAGUUUGUUCUGAUAACAGAGCUGUGUUUCUCUGCUCUCCCUCUGGUACCACUUUCUACCACCCCCAAAGUCCUUUAUGACACCAUUAUGCAGUGUAAGACACCAAAAGGUUUCCAGUUCAGAGAGUUGUCCAAAAAAGGAACACUUUCAAGCUCAAGUGGAGAUAUACCUUUCUUCUAUGAGCACAUUUUGUGUUGAAAGCACAGCAGAUUCAAUCUAGAUUUAGUUAAAUAUUCCUACUUCUCACUGAGGUUAAGCAGUUGAACUAAUCACAUAUUUAAUUCUCCCACUGUACCAUAGAAAAGUGCUGCAGAGUGGAAACUUAAGGGUACUUACUAGGGAGUAAGUUUCAUUGAACUCAGUGGGAGUUUGCUGCUGAGUAAACAUGAAUUGGAUCAGGCUGCAGAUUUGGCUGGAAUUAGCUUCAGGAUACAAUGUUAAUGCUCAGUCAGUGUUAACACUAAAUGAAGAAUAAGGUUCAUGCUUAUUUAUUGACCUACUAUACAUAUUUUUAUACCUUAAGUUAUGUAUUCUCAAGGCGUAUAUAGAAAAAGGAAUUAAACAGUUAAAAUGAAAAUGCAAAAAAAAAAUUAAAAGUAAAAUAAGAACCACAAAACUAUCAAAGAGCAUAUAACAGCCAGUAGGAUUAAAGUUGUAUCUAAAGAACUACCUAGUGCAGAAAGGAUAAUAAAGGAGGCUUAACUAUUCAGCUGCAUUUGACAAGACUUAAAUGAUUCUGCAGUCUGGCAGGAUCACCUGGAUUUGUUUAUUUUAGAGCAAAAAUCUGGGCCAUAACAAACUGGUGAAUUAAGACUAUGAAAAACUCGGUAAUGAAUAUGCUAACAGGUGUCCAUGGAUACUUCACUGCCUCUCAGCUACAGUUUCUUUGUUGCAGUGUGAGAAGCUCUUUCACACUACAGAAUUAUAAUUCCAUUUUA